UGGUGAUGGUGAAAGUUAUCGUACGUAUGACAUACAGCGGUCCCGUUUGUUUACAUCCUGCCAGGUCGAGACUUUCUGUCACAUCUCUAUAUUGUCCAAGAUGACACCAGUGGGAGACACCAGCACCUGCUACAUCUGCAAUGAUAAGCGCCGGACAGCAGACACUGAUGCGGCUGUCACCCCAACAAGAUCCCCAGCUGACUCAGAAACCCUGAAGGAGACCCUCAUCCGUGCUCUUUCCCAUGGACAUGUGGAGGACUUAGUGAGUGACCCAGAGAAAGAAUCACGGAUAAGCAGUGGUGUGUGUGUGGUGUCUCUGAACUCAGGUUGUGAUGGAGGGCUGGAGGCAGUGAGUGACAGGGUGGUGGAUGACCAUGUUGUGAUCUGCAGGAGGUGCACAGGUCUGCUGAAAGAUUUUGAACACCAUGAGCGCACAGCAGGAAAGGUAGCAGAGGAGAUCAGGAGGUUCUUGAUGCGUCAGAUGGAGGCACCUGAGGAGGAAGUCUCAGGUGUGGUCUCAGCAUCUACCCACAGAUCUCAGAGCUCCAUGAAGAAGACAGUUGGAAGGACUCACAGUGAAAGGCAGGGCAUCAUGGCAGCCCUCAGAGCACUCAGGAAGUCAGGCAUGACAGAUGCUAAGAGACGAGGAAGAAAAAGGAAAAAAGACUUAGCUUCUGAGGGAAUGAAAACAGAGGAGGAGGAGAAGAAGGAGGAGGAGGAGGAGGAGGAGGAGGAAGAGGAGGAGGAGGGUGAUGAUGUCAAGAGCACAGAGAUAAAGGAAGAAACUGUUGGAGAGGAAAGACAGCAGGAAGCUACAGCAGCUAGACAGAGUCAAAGGAUCCAGAGGAGAAGAGAGGAUGGUUUGGUCAUGCGCUGGGGAGAUGCCUUGUAUGAAAAUGAGGAUGAUGACAAGUCAGGGGAGGAUGAUUUUUCUGAUUACUCUUCAGAUGUUUUGCUUAAGGAUCGGCCAUAUGUGAGGAGAGGGAGGGGCAGAAAAGUUACCCGCAUUGUGAGGUCUACAUCACCAGGCAGGGCUGAGUAUGAGAUGGGGAUCAGACUACAGUGUCCAUUUUGCUUCCGCUAUUACAUCCCAAUGAGCUCCCGUAUGCAUGGCUGCACGUCUUACAAAAAUCAGCUGCGAUGUCACACAUGUAAUGUAUUUUUCACCACCUACAUUAGGUUGGAGAGGCAUUUGGAAGUGAUACACUUGAAGCAGAAGAAGUUUACCUGCCCCACAGAAGGCUGCGACUUCACUUGCAUUGCAGAAGCAACCCUCAUAAUACAUAAACAUUUCCAUGUUAUUGAGUCCUUUUCUGGAGGGAAGAGCAAGGGGGCAGAGUCAACACAACAAAAGGAGACUCUGCAAAAUACAGUGAGGAAUGAAGAGGUUAUAGUUUUAGAUGAUGAACAUGAUGCUCCAAAGAUUGCUGACAGGGUCUCAUUCCUGCUGGAUGAGAAGAGCUUCCUCUCUGAUGGCCACCCUCUCCACAUCACCACAGAUAAAGUUCCCAAGGAUGCAGAGGACGAUUGUAAGAUCCUGCGCUUUCAAGGGCAUGAGAAAAAUGAGGAAAACCCAUCAUGUCCAAGUGACAGAUUGGAAACUGGUACAUUAAAUCCUGAUAAAGGUGAAUGUGAGACUCUUGCGAAAAGUAAUUUCAUUUUGGAGUGUCCGAUAUGUGACAUCACCUUGGCAUCCACCAAGAGUUACCAGGAGCAUGUACAAGAAGUGCACCAUCUACGAGUAUUAACCAAAAUUAUUGAUGAGGACGGAACAAUCAAAGAGUCUUGGAAGGCACCAGGCUCGGAGCCUUUGACAAGAACAGUGAAGAAGUAUUAUAGGGUAAAAAAAAACUUCAUUGCAGCUCCAAAGGGUUUGGAUUAA